UACAGGAGACGCCAAGAUGGCUGCAAGCAAUUAUUACGGCUUCACACAUGGUGCCGGUCCGCAAUACAGUACCCAGCCUCCCCCUACCUAUUCCCACCCCUCCACAGCCAGCUACAGCGUUCAGCAGGCUCCAGCCGUGGCUCAUGCAGUAACGGCGUCCUACUCUCCAGCCUCAGUCCAGGCUGCCCGACCUGUUGCCUCUGCCCCUUACCCUGCCUACCAGAGCCACCAAGCACCCCCAGACUAUGGCUAUAGGCAGCCGGACCCCCCUGCACCUCCCCAACCCACCACCACCCCACAGACGUACCAGGACAGUUACACUUAUGGGCGACCGCCAACAGUGACUACCUAUGACAAUAAACCGCAGUACUAUCAGACCAGUAUAGCCCCAGCCCAGAGGACACCCACAGAGAAUUACUACCAGACAGUUGGUGUGAAGAGCGGCUACAGUGCAGUCCCCUCGACUGUGUACAACCAGCCCCCUCCUCCUCAAAGGCAGGUAACAGCCCUGAAACCUCUUGCCCCCUCCUGCUCUGUGUCUACAAGCUACAACAUUUAUCCAGUAUCCACCAGUGUCCAGCAGCCUCCCACGCCCAUUUCUUCCUACACCCCAGGCUCCACCUUCAGCUCCACAGCGUCAGCCACCUACUCGGGUAUCAGCUAUUCCAGUUAUGAUUCAAGUGGCUACACCUCCACCUCCACCCCCUCCUCCUACUACCAGCCAGCCCAACAAACAAUCUCCCAACCCCAGCCUCCACCCCAGCAACCCCAGCCCCCGAUCCAGCCUCCCCCCAAGCAGCUGACCAGCUCCUCCUGGAGCAAUGCUGGCAGCAACAUGGUGACAACCCCAGCUAGCAAUGCCUACAAAAAGCCCAUAUUUCACCAGAACAAGCUGCAGAAGCCCAAAGGACCUCCUAAGCAGCCCCAGCUGCAUUACUGUGACAUCUGCAAGAUCAGCUGUGCUGGCCCCCAAACGUACCGGGAGCACCUGGAAGGCCAGAAGCAUAAGAAAAAAGAGGCGGCCCUGAAGUCUGGUGGACAGACAGGGGCCAGCAAUGGCCCACGAGGGGUACAGACCCAGUUACGCUGUGAGCUUUGUGAUGUCUCCUGCACAGGGGUAGAUGCCUAUGCCGCCCAUAUCCGUGGGUCCAAGCACCAGAAGGUGGUUAAACUCCAUACCAAGUUGGGCAAACCCAUACCUUCAACUGAGCCCGUCUUGGUGAACUCUGCUCCAGUGUAUACGACCUCGACAGCUGGAAAGCCUUCCACGGCGGCCUCUGCUUCAUCGGCCUCCACCAACUCCUCAGCAGCGUCUGCGGCUGCACCAACAGUCCCUGUCGCAGCACCCAAACCAUCGGUUGUAAUCACCACCACCGCCAAAACAACAGUGCCAGUUAAGAGGCCAGCUGCUCCCAAAAUAACAGUCAUUUCCAAUAAGCCAGCCAGCACUUCAGCCACAGCAGCAGUAGCAACAACAGCCAAGGCAGACGAGCCGAAGCAGCAGACUAUGACAAUGCACAAGAUGGAGCCUCAGAAUGAGAAUGAGGAUGAGGAUGGUGACAGAGCAGGUGGCCAAGGAGAUGUUCAACCAGUGGGACAUGACUAUGUGGAGGAGGUCCGUAAUGAUGAUGGUAAAGUGAUUCGCUUCCACUGUAAACUCUGUGAAUGCAGCUUCAACGACCCUAAUGCUAAAGACAUGCACCUGAAAGGAAGACGGCACAGGCUACAAUACAAGAAGAAAGUGAACCCAGAGCUCCCUGUGGAGAUCAAGCCCAGUAACCGCGCAAGGAAGCUUCAGGAGGGCAAGCUGAGGAAGCAGAAGCAGAAAGCUGUGCUUAAGAGGCAGAGAGAUGAUGAGCAACGCUGGCACAUGGAGAUGAGUCCUGUCUCCUCCAGACGUUAUGAGGAGGACAUGUACUGGAGGAGAAUGGAGGAGGAACAGAUGUACUGGGGGGAGCAGAGGCGCAGGAUGGCCCCUCCCCCACUCAUGAGCCGCCCUGGCAUGCCUGUACCCCCUCUAUUGACGUGUGUGCGUCGACCAGACUCCCCAGACGACCGCCACAUCAUGGCCAAGCACUCCACCAUUUACCCAGUGGAGGAUGAGCUGCAGGCCGUCCAGAAGAUUGUCUCUCACUCGGAGAGAGCUCUGAAACUGGUGUCAGACUCCUUGCUAGAAAAAGAGACACCAGCUGCUGAUGCUUCUACUACCGAGGGUAGUGAGGAGAAAAGUACUGAGGCUCCAGGGCGGCUAUUAAAAGGGGUGAUGAGAGUGGGCAUCCUGGCUAAAGGCCUGCUCCUCCACGGGGACAGGAACGUUGAGCUAAUCCUGCUGACUGCAAAGAAACCCACUAUGUCCCUACUGAAGAACAUUGCCAAGCAACUGCCCAAGGAACUCGCGACAUUUUCUGAAGAUCAGUAUGAGGUGCAGGCUCACCCUGAGGAGGCCAACAUCGUGAUAUUUUCAAGCAAGGAGCCCAAAAUGCAGGUGACGAUUUCUCUCACCUCGCCGCUGAUGAGGGAGGACCCUGCCGCUGAGAAGGACAAGCAGGCAGGAGGAAAAUCGGCUGAGAAAGGUAUGGCUGAGGAGGACCCUCCUGAUGUCCUGAACAAAAAGAAAUGCCUUGAAUACCUCGCAGCUCUCCGACACGCCAAAUGGUUCAAGGCUCGUGCCAAUGGGCUGCAGUCUUGUGUGAUCAUCAUUAGGGUCCUGAGAGAUCUAUGCCAACGUGUGCCAACUUGGGGCAAGAUGCCAGGAUGGGCCAUGGAGCUGCUGGUAGAGAAGGUAAUCAGCAGUGCUACAGGCCCGCUCAGCCCAGGCGAAGCCAUGCGCAGGGUGCUGGAGUGUAUCUCCACAGGCAUACUCCUAUCAGAUGGACCUGGUUUGCAUGACCCCUGUGAGAAAGAGCCAAUAGAUGCGUUGGAGAGCAUGACUGGACAAGCCAGAGAAGACAUUACAGCAAGUGCACAGCACGCUUUGCGGCUUCUUGCAUUCCGUCAGAUCCACAAGGUUCUGGGCAUGGAUUCUCUACCAGCAUCCAAGGCUGGCGCCCGCAACCGCAAACGUCGACGGGAAAUCAAUGAGGCGGGCGAAGGGGAGGGGGAGGGUAAAAAAGACAAGAAGGAGGAAGAGGAGGAGGAGGAGGAUGAGGAGGAGGAGGCAGAGGCUUGACCUCUGCCUCAGAGUGAUGUCUUUGCUAGUGUAGAGACUGGUAGAAUGUCCCAUCUUUAAAAAAAAUUUUUUUAUCUUGAGAAAUAAUCUUAACACAGGUAUACAAAUAUGAAUAUUACUGACUCGUUGUGUGUCUGCCCUCGAAUGGAGAGGAUCGAAUGUUGGAGGGAGGUGGCUGAAAGCUGGGGGGGAUCUGUACUGUAAUUCUUUCUCCGUUAUUUACUGCGGAUGUACUUAGUGUGCUUGAGAUUGGCUACAAGUUUUUGUCAAAAGAGGUUUGGAUGGAGCGAAUAAUUUCAUCAUUCCAUUUCUAGGACAGUGUUUCUCAAUCUUUUUUGAGUUAGGGACCCCCCCCAGAAUAAUCAGGCUGACACCCCCCCCCCCCCCCAAAAUAGCACUGGGACAUUUAGCUUUAAUUAGUGUUUUUAGAUUUAUUGAAAUAACAGCACCUCAUGUGCACACACACUUUGACUCUGACAAACACACUCAGAACUAUUCUAAGGCAAAUUAUAUCACUGAUACAGGUGAUGUAAUGUAUAAACCAUUCCCCAGUCUAAAAGAUAUUUUAUUUUUUUCUCCACAGCCAUCUGGUAACACUCCAGGUGGAGAACCAAUGUUCUGGGAAACUUGCACAAUAUAGCUACUGACCACCCCUCCCCUCCCUUCAUGUUCAUUUACACCAGCUGUACCAGCUGCUAUUACCUUGUUGCUUAUUUCGAUGAUUUGGAAGCAGUCUGGUAACGAAUCCUCAAAUACAAUUUAAUCAUCUGUACUUCUAGCUUUAUGUUCGGCUUGUCUCUUUAGAGAAGAGCUUGAAUCCCUACUGCUGCCCUGGCCAGUUUUGUCAUUUGACUUCUCAGCAGCAGUCGCUAUAGCAUCGCAGUGUAUGUGUCAUAGUUCACAAGAGACGUUUCCUGGUUUAAGGAAAAGGAGCACAGGUGCGUAGUCACUUUGAAACUGCUUUCCAAUGUAAGAGACGAUUCACAAUGUAAAGGAUUUUCAAACUGUUGAUGCUCAAUGAGCCUAAAAUACAGAUUCAUAUUCAGACUAAUGGAGACAUGCUGUUGGUUGGGGUGGGGAAACUGGGUGCACCAGAACAGUCUUUCCUUGACCUUUCAUGCCCUCUUCCUCCUCUCGUGAGUCCUUUUCUCGACCUGUGUUGAGUUCUGAUGGUCUUCUUUGUUUGUUUAUUAUUAUUAUUAUUCAGAACAGUUUAAAAAGUGGAACAUCGAAGACAAAAACUUUUAACCCCCCCCCCCGAAAUCCCCAUCCUAUCCUACCCUGGAAAACGACACAAUGAUAUAAAAUUGUCUUUCAAACAAGGUCAUGUAUUGAGACCUGCAAAGAUAUUUCUGUCCCGUGCAAGAUCCAGUCGCACUUGGAAAAUAUAAAAGAUUUUUGUGGAGAUGAUACCCUGAAAUUUUAUGUCUCUCGAGAGGAGUCUUAUGUUGCACAGUCGAGCAUGCUGAGGGAAUGGAGCACUUAACGACAAUGUUACUAUAUGCAGCCGUAAUUUCAUCAUUUGGACAUACCUAGCAAUCGUUUUCUUUUGUGGUAUGGUUUGCAGAGAAGAUGAUUUUGGACAGAAAAACGUAUGACUGAAAAUCUACUGUCCCAAUCAAGGGGUUGCUGGGCUUUGACUUUAUUCCUUGUGCCUGCAAUGUGAUGUCAUUUCGAUUUCAUAAGACUGAAGGUUCUGUUUAAGGGGAACAUUUGAGUCGCUACUGUCAUACAACAUUUUACGAUCUCAACAAAGAUGUUGGUUGGAUGGAAAGAGAAUUGCACAGCCCCUUGGUUGAAAGGUUUUAUGUGAGAAAGUGCAUUUUUUUUGUUUUUUAGUUUGAUUUCAUUUAUUAAGAAACAUAAUAGACGUUUGUUUUCGUUUUGAGGCCGUUGCAAUCAGUUUUGUAUCGUUAAACCAAGUGUGAACGUUGCUGUCCCAUUAUUUGAAUGUCUUUGUAGUGCUGCCUACACUUACGGGGAAAUAAAUACUUUUAAA